CAAAUCUAUAAAGUCUUUUGUUAUUCGUUGUGCAAAUCUCGUAAGCGGUAUUUGCACCGUUUAAAUCGCAUGAAAUGCGAAAUGUUUUGUUGAUGAAAGCGUCCCUCGUCAAGUAAUCGUCAUCUGCAUCGUGAUUCGUACGAUUUGAGGUACGCUGACACCUGGUAUGCCUCGACUUUGGUGAACACUUUGGUGGGGUCUCGGGAGCCUCGUCGAGACGCGCGAAACUGGAGACUUCAGUUGUCACUGCGACGCCAGUGGAACAACAUUGUGUUGUGUAAUUUUUUCUCUAGGAAUCUAAAUUGUUAAGUUAUUCAUACUGCUACUCACGCGUUGUUAGUUCCAUAAAAAACGAUGUUUUUGUGUAAAAAUAGAAUUUUAAUAAAUUACCAUCGGACUAGAUUCAACAAGUGUUCUCCAUUCAAGUGCUUCGGACAAUUUUUAAGUAAAAAACCUUUUCAUCCUCGGUAAACUUGCUUUUCUAUGUGGUCAAUGCUACAAAACACUUUAAUGCAAAUAUCUGACUAAUCUAAAAUGAAAGUGUAUUUGAAUAUUUCCAUUCUUUCUAUUUUUUAAUUAUAUUUUAUUUAUAUUUAUCAUUGCUUAAUAAUUUUUUCCUAUGUAAAAUUGAAUUAAUGGUGAGAAAUAAUAAUCAGUGUUAAAUUAUGUAACCGGACAUUCAGUGAAUACCAAUUGUACAUUUUAUCUAAAUUUGACUGGUCAAGGAGUCACACGUGCCGAGUAGUAAAUCCUGCAAGGAUCGAUAGCUGUGGUAUGGGAAGGAAAUCAGUGGACAUUUACUGUUCGCCACAAUCCUAGCCGUAACCCGAACACCGGUCCGAGCAUAGGUAGGUCACAUCAUUGUACACAGUCCCAACGCGCCACGGUUUCAUUGCGUUGCGUACCAUAUUGCGCAACACCGGUCGGUAUCUAUUAACUUCAGAUCUGGUAUCGUGAAAGUAAAGCGCCGCUCACAGUCGCCUAAUAGAAGUUCCAGACGUUUACGGGGUGACGGAUAGCGGGCGCACGUGACUGGUCACGUGGAUAGAACAUCAGAGAAAUCGAGGAACGCUGAUCGUGAUGAUUCUUCGACUGUUUUCCUUCGUUUAAACCCAGAUAGAGAAUUCGACGCGUGACUUAGAUACAUCAAAAGAGAUUAACAGAAAUUUCUCUUUGAUCCAUCGUCUGCAAAUCAGCCGUUGUGAUUCAUACAAUGAUCGGGUAAGGUGCAGGUGUGUUUGCGGGAAGUGGAAGAUUUGCGGUUUGAAGAUCAAGGAGGUGUAAUUUCUCUGCCCGUCGCAAGGGGAAACCUUGAUAUGAGCUGACACGACCGUUCAGUUGGAAAAAACAUAGGUAUCUUUGACGAGGUCACGAAGAAAAUCUUAUCACGCUUUAUCGUAACUUCACAGCCGCCGGAAGUAGUAAGAAGAGGAAGAACCGCAGGAUGCCUGGGGAAGUGCGCGCGCAGCCCUUAGACCCAACUACGUACGGUGGUAGCAUAAUGCAGCCCGACGAGGAGAUUCAGUACGCGCCAAGGAGUCGUCCUGUAAGCUUUUACGAUAAUUUUAAGGACGUGCCAAUGGUGACAACUUGCGUGACUUCCGCUCUAAGCGCCGACAAUUUGAAUCAGGUUCGUGACAACGGUAUUAGCUCGUCGAUGGCCACGGCCAAUAACAACAAUAACAACAAUCGAGUGAGUAGCGCAGUCAGUGCUGGUAACGUGUCAAAGAUCCAGAACGUCAAGGUCACCGGUGCAGUAUCGACAGGGAACAUUGGGAAAAUCUAUCGGUUGGAAAAGGAAAAAGAGUUGGGUCGCGCCCCUUCAAUGGCCAAUUGUUUGUCAACCACGGUUCCCGUUAACCUGGCAGCCGCUCAAAUUGCAGGUCGGCACACGCCCACAAGAAAUUCCCUCAGGCACAGCAGGAUGAUCGUAUUGCAUCGCAGCGGUCAUCGACCUCAAAAAUUCCUACCGCCGUUGGUUUAUCAUUGGCGGUUAGGACGGUGUUUAGCAGCGUUGCAAACGAUUCUCGGUGUCGCAAUAACUUCGUUGUCAUUAUGGUUAUUACUUUGGGCACCUCAUCUACCUGUGGCAGAUAAUCCCUAUUGGAGUGGAAUGCCGUUGUUACUUUCGGGUAGCUUCGGUAUUUGCUUGCUGUGCUGUUUCAAGAAGGAGUACCCCGUCAUGAGUCCUGGAUUGUGUCUCACUUUAAUCAAGGUAAUCAGCGUGCUACUGGCCACUCUAGCAACAGUGACCUGUUCCAUCGCGUGUGUAUUCUCUGCGAUACACCUGGUGCGUUUAAUGGGCCUGGAAUGCAACCCAGCGCGGGUAUUAAACGCUACCUGCGUGUGCAAGCCUCGGGGGAAUGCGUCGAACUUCAACGAAUCGGCAGUUAGAUACAUGGAUUUGAAUUGUCCCGAAGUGGAGAAUAUUUUGAUCAUUCUUCUCAUCUUUUCCUCCACUUGCAACGCCCUUGGAGCCCUAGUAUCGGGCUGGUAUACCUACCUACAUUGGAGUACCAGACACAAAAGGCCAAAAUACAUGCAAGUGAGAACCACUACGAUCAGUGGGAACAACUUCCUCAGCAGCAGGCCAAUAUACAAUCCAAAUCUGAGCGAACGAUGACAGUCUUCACAUGAUACUGACGAAGAAACAUCGUAUCUUCGUUAUUCGUCAUUAACGAUGGAUGAUGGAGUAUUCUGAAGGUGUUUCGAAAUUAACAAUGACGGUUACUCCUGGAAAUUUAAUAGUGGCUGUUACACAAACGACAAUAACGGUGAUUUUACUUAAAAACACUCGUUGGAAGGAACGACAACGGACUAAUAACGAAAUACUUCUGUUUAUGUUGAGGAUACAUACCAAAAGUAACACGUUGAAAUACGUGUGAGCUAGUCUUGGAUAAUAAAAUAGAUCUACAAGUGGUUCUUGAGCGAAAGUUUGUAAUACAGUAUGUAUAAACUUAGGGAUAUUUAUAAUUGAUUAAAGUGGUAUUUAAUAGGUAAAAGUCAAGAAGACUAGGAUAAUGAUCGCGUAAUUAAAUUUACUAAUUAUUUAAAAAUCUUCUUAAUGUGUUCUUAAUAUUUAUUACAUCAUAACUAAGGAGUACAUUGCUAAGUAGGUAGUAAUUGGUAUGUUUUUAUAAAGGAUGAACGUAAUUUGUUGUUAAUAUGUCAAGUUAUGUAAUGCAACUUUUGAUAAUUCAUCGAUAAUGUAGAAAAACUCCAUAGGUUAUAAUAUCUGAACUAAAACAAAUUCUCUUUUACUAAAGAAUAACAUAUUUGAGUAGUUUCAUAUCAUUAUUAUAAGGUUAAUUAAAAGGAAACAAGCUCUUUUCCAUGGUAGAAACGUAUUCAGAAGGAAAUCGAGUCAGAACUUGAUUACUGCAAAGUAAUUUUCACGAUUAAUUUCCGUGUGGAACGUCAGUAUUUUAGGUGUAUUAUAGUAAAGAAAGCAAGUGAAUGUAUCGCGCGUUUUAGUGUGUGCGUGUUCGAUCGUUCGUACGUGUACCGUGUUUAUGAGUGAAACGCUUUUUAAUUUCUAUACUUGCAUAUCAUCGAUUUUAUACCUCAUCGUUAUUCCUGUCUUUAAGGAAUGAAUCUUAAAACUGCAUUUGUAAAUUAUAUCAUAACGUAUGCAUAUUGGUAGAAAAUCAAUUUAUCAAAUUUUAAUAGAAACGGACGAAUAAAUCAGUUCAGUAUCAAAACAUUUGGCUGGAUAAAAUUGACAUGUUUGUAUCUUAAUUUCUUGCUUUUUAGUCUUUUAUUUAGUUUUAUGUACAUUGUGAUCUUUUCUAGAAGCUGAUCAAGAAUGACACUCUGUCUUCCCCUCAACCUUGUUUAUGCGAAUCUCUGGUAUUACGGCACAGUCACUGGAUUGUGAUUCCCAAGAAUCGUGGAAAACCUUCAUCAAUCUGCUUGUAACAUUUUAAUGACUAACAAUAUAUUUAUUAUCGAUAUUUAUUAAGUAGAUAUUGGACAUCUAAACAAUUUAAUUAAACAAUUUUAUAAAGAAAUAAUCAAAAUUUAAUGGUUUUUCUUGUAACUUUAAGUUCAAUAUUACCUGGUAUUAAUUGUUCCUUUUUCAUUGUAACUGCUUUCAGAAAUUGUAUGUUGCGUCUGAUCGUGUGAUAUCGCAUCCUGUUCCAUAUCUGUUAACUCUAUUACUUCUGAAGCUGAAUGUUUCCUUUCAUCGAAGACCAUUCCUGCAACUUCUGAUUUAUCUAUAACUUCAUUAACAGUUCAAUAAUAAUUACUUCAUUAAUUAUCAAAUCUCGCCGUUUACCUUUUACAGUUCUUGUUUUUGCUGAUCUCUUAGAUAAAGCUGGUAACAUUCUUUUCCAUUUCAGAAAGGACGAGUCAGACAGUUCUUCUCUUUUUUUCACUAUUUUAAAUAAUUUCCGUCGUUCCUCAGUACGUUCAUGACGCAGUUGUAUCUGAGCAAAGUCAAUAAUUAAUAAAUUAUCAAACUUUUACAAUAACUAAAUGAAUAGAUGCA